UAGCGAGCGUAGCCGUCUUAUGAUAACUCGCUUGAGACUCGAUUGUAGUUGACCGAGAACCGCGUUCAAGUCGUCACAAGAUGAUAUUCCAUUUGGUAGGCAUCCUUAUUCUUGCUCUAUGGCAUUCCUUCGGUUAUUCGCAUAGAAUUGUGGUCGGAGCACCUGCACCAUGCGAUGCCUACUGCCUAAACGAGGUGAAACCCCUGCACAACACCAUUGCCACACUUAAUAAUCGUUUGAGCGAAUGCGAGACAAUGCUAUCGAUCAAUGCGAGUGCCAGACUGGAUAAAAUUGAUAAAGAGUUAAAGACACAGAAAUUCAGGGUGUCGGCUAAUACGCAACGCAUUUCGGGAAAUAGAAAGAAUUUGAGCGAUAAAGUGAAAUCAAUUGAAAAGCGUAAGAGGGAGUUGCGAAAACCCUUUGUGCAGAUUGGAUCUGGAUAUUAUUACAUUGAAGAUGGGAUUGUAAUAAGUUGGUUUGGAGCCGUCCGCUUAUGCCUUCGAUUCGGUGGCCAUUUGAUCACGCUAAAUAAUCAAGAGGAACUGGAUGCAAUCAUUCCGAAACUAACAAGGAACCGCUACUGGACUGACGUCAAUAAUCUGUCAGUUGAUGAUUUAGUAUCGAUCAACACUGGAUCGAGAGCUGAAUUUCUUAAGUGGGCAAAAGGACAACCAGACGGAGGAGCAAAAGAGGAAUGCGUGAGCAUCGUUUCACCAAAAUAUGAAAUGCAUGAUUACUCAUGCUGGACGAAAAAUUUUUUCAUAUGUGAGGCAUAUGAGGAAUAAAUGUGUUGAAAAUUGUUUCAUUUUGGAAAUGUAGAUAGUAAUAUAUUUAUAUCGCAAUCUUUCAAACAGUUUAUUAUAGUAACAUUGACGACCUUAAUUU